UUUAACAGUUUUAACAUAGAUGGUAUUAUUUUCAGUGUACACAAAGUUAGAAUUCAGACAGUAGAAGUAUAAUAUUACAAUUUACAUGACAGAGCAAGAAACAGGCGUGGGAAUAUGAGCACCACAAAACUCCACAAAGAAAGUAGAAUAUUUAAAAGUUAGUGAGCUGAAGAAGGCAAGUGGGGAAAAUGGCUAUGAGUGUAGCAUGGUUGUCACCAUGCACCACCAUUUCACCAUACAAAUUCAAUACUACUCCAAGGCGCUUCAGCUGCUGCUCUGCCAUUUCUUCUCAAGCUGAUUUGUCAACUAGUACUGCAACCACUUCUUCCACCAUUCGUCCUGCUGUUAUUCUUCCGGGCUUAGGGAACAACUCAAAUGACUAUGAGAAACUGGCUCUUAUAUUGAAAGACUAUGGAGUGCCAACAGCAAUAGCAAAAGUUUCAAGAAUUGAUUGGCUGAGGAAUGCUGCUGGUUUAUUGGACACAAAUUAUUGGCGUGGCACCCUUCGUCCUCGUCCAGUGCUUGACUGGUACCUCAAAAGAAUUGAUGAAGCCAUCAGUCAAGCGAAAGAAUUGGCUCAAGGUGGGAAUGGAACUUUAUCUUUUAUAGGGCAUUCAGCUGGAGGAUGGCUAGCACGUGUCUAUUUGCAGGAAUUUGGCUCCUCAGAUAUUUCCUUGUUACUGACUCUAGGAACCCCCCACCAGCCACCACCUAAAGGUUUGCCAGGAGUAAUUGAUCAAACAAGGGGCCUCUUGUAUUACGUUGAAGAGAAUUGUGCAAAAGCUGUCUAUUCUCCAGAACUUAGAUAUGUAUGUAUAGCAGGGAGGUAUAUUCAAGGGUCGCGUUUCUUUGAUUCAAGUUCAACAUACAGCUCUGAAGUCAUGGGCGACGUUGAAGAGCCAAUGACAGAGGUUGCUGCUGUAAGCAACACAAAUGCAGAGACUCUAACAGGCUCCACUUUUCGUACACGGUUUGUUGGUCAAGGCUACAAGCAGGUUUGUGGCCAGGCAGAUGUCUGGGGUGAUGGAGUUGUUCCAGAAGUUUCAGCUCAUCUGAAAGGCGCACUUAAUGUCACUCUGGACGGAGUGUACCAUUCACCUGUUGGUUCUGAUGAUGCUACAAGACCAUGGUAUGGUUCUCCUGCUGUUGUCGAACACUGGAUACGACACCUCCUUGUCUGACUGUUUAGUUUCAUGGUAAAUAUUAGGCAAAUUUGCCUUAUUAUUUGUGGCAAUUGGAGAACAUUGUUCAUAUAAAUGUCACGUCUGAGCCAAUUAAUGAAAUCUCCUUCAUGAG